CAGGGGCAGGACAAGGAUGUGCGUCUGUGUUUUGGAGAGACGAAUCAGAUUUUGGUGGUCCGUUGACAGUGGAAAUCCCGCUGCAGGCGUUGCUGGCCUCGGUCCAAGGCGCCGAAGCCAAGAACGGCCACCCAAUGGUGCCCGGCAUUGGAUUCGUGGACAGUUUCACAGGUUGGAGAAUUUGAUGAAACUUCGCAACCUCAAGCACCCAUGACCAGACAUCCAGACAUUCUCCCUCAUCGCUCGAUUCCCAGCGUCGCAGUUCCACGCCAAUGUCUCACGGCCGGGGCUGCCAAAGCACCAGAUCGCAUCGCUGCUCGCUUGCUUGUUCCUGCUGCUUGCUCCGCGGUCGAACCGGCGGGCAGCGCCUCGGCAAGACAACGUUCCCAUGAAUCCACCGAACCACGGUACCGGCACCGGCGUAGGGCAGUGCGGUACAACACUCUCGACGCCCGCUAUCGACGAACCGAAGACACACAAUGGCGUUGUUGACGCCGGAUUGAGAAGCAUACACCAUUACAAGCGAGCGCUUCCAAAAUGGCGGUACGACCUGCGACAGAAACUGCUCCCGAUCGUGCGAUGGGAGACGCCGUAUCUCGCCGCGAUCCAGAGCUCGAUGCGCACCCCAGCCCUUGACAGCUACUUCGCCAUCACGGCCAAUCUCGGCACCCAUACAUUCUUCAUGGUCUUCCUGCCUAUUCUGUUCUGGUGUGGCUUCCGGGAGUUUGGCAAGGGACUCGUCCACAUCCUCGCCUCGGGCGUCUUCUUCACGGGCUUCAUCAAAGACAUGUGUUCCCUCCCGCGCCCGCUGUCUCCGCCCCUACAGCGCAUCACCAUGUCCGGCUCAGCCGCGCUCGAGUACGGCUUCCCGUCCACCCACUCCGCCAACGCCGUCUCCGUCGCCGUCUACGGCAUGCUCAUGCUCCGCCGGGACACAAACACCCUCUCUCCCACCACGACGCUCGCUCUGGAGGGUCUUGCCUACUUCUACGCCCUCUCCAUCGUGUUCGGCCGUCUGUACUGCGGCAUGCACGGCUUCGUCGACGUCAUCAUCGGCUCGCUCACGGGCGCCGCCAUCUCUCUGGUCGAGUUCUACUACGCCCCGGGGGUCGAGGCCUGGCUGUACUCCAGUAGCUACCUCGCCCCUCUGGCCAUCGCCCUGCUCAUCAUCGUGCUCGUCCGCGUCCACCCGGAACCAGCCGAUGACUGCCCCUGCUUCGACGACAGCGUCGCCUUCGCGGGCGUCAUGAUCGGGGUCGAGGGCGGCACCUGGCGCUUCGCGCGCUUCUCGCGGUUCGCGCACAUCUACAACGGGCCCGACGCGUCCUUCGACCUGUCGGCAUUGGGCUGGCCGCGCGUCAUCGCGCGGCUGGUCUUCGGCGUCGCCGUGGUCUUUGCCUGGCGCGAGGUCAUGAAACCUACCUUGUUGCGCUUCCUGCCGCACCUGUACCGCGUCAUCGAGACGCACGGCCUGUCGCUGCCGCGCCGCUUCUUCGUGCCCGCGUCCGAGUACAAGGACGUGCCCCUGCACGUGCGCGACGACAAUGUCCUGCCCAACGUGAGCGACCUGCCGAAACUGGUCCGCAGCAUCAGGGGUCCUGGGCGGGGUCGGUCCGUCAGCAUCGGCCCGCAGAGCGCGGCGGAUGCGUACGAGACGCUGGCGUACCGCGAGCGCAGGAGGAGGGAGAGCUUGGGAAGCGACGCUGGCGGUGGCGGUGGCGGAGUGCGGGGGAAGAGGAGUUUGAGUAGGUUGCGCGAGAAGGUCGAGGCUACUGCCAAGGACGGAGAGUGUUCGCAGGUCUCAGGAGUCCAGAGUGGGGGCCGGUUGGCGGAGUAUGAGAAGAUGAUGGGGGCGGGGACGGUAGCUGCUGGUCCGACGCUUGAGGUCCAGGACGCGAAUUGUGGUGUCGCGGGACGAGCAGGGAUGUAUCUGGGAGAGGACGAUGAAUUGGAUGAUGAGGAGGUCUUUUCGAACUUGGUUAAGCCGCGAGUGAGGUACGAUGUUGAGGUGGUGACCAAGUUGGUGGUUUAUACCGGCAUUGCGUGGUUGGCGGUAGAUGGUAUUCUUGUCGCCUUUGAGGCCAUUGGCUUAGGAGCAGGUCAUCUCAGCACGCGAUGACAUAGGAUGGUCUCCCGACAUCGCUGUACUCUAGGCAGAUACCUGUGUUCGCUUCUUGUCGCUUGGAGUUGGGCUAGCUCCUUGCUAUGUUGGUAAUGAAUAAUGGCCUGGUUUGGUAAAUGGAUGCCGCACACACUACCACCGUGAUGUGAUGUGUUGCGUCGGGUACCAAGUGAAGGCAGUAGGUACCUAGGUACCUAGGUAAACGUGGUGAUCAGCAGCUAAGACGCCCUCAUCGACCAGAUGACCAAUCUGUGUAUCACCAUCCACAAUGUCGGCUGCC